AUGGAGUCGGCGAUGGUGGCGAAUAGUGGCAGCGCUACUUCUGCGACUGCAACUAGUAAAGAACUGGAUAUUUGGGAAAUCAAGGUAGGGAAUUGGAUGAGAAAGUUGGAGAAAGAUGAUGAACGGUUGCGCGUGACUGUUCAGGAAUUCCCCGAUAUCAGGGUGCCGGAGGAAGCGAAGUUGAAGGAAAUUUUCCGCAAGCAGCUGGAGGAGAAUGUCGGGAUGGCUGUGGGGAAUACGGGCGCAGAAGAAGAAUCUGUAAACGACGGGAAGAAUGUGUCUGCGUUAGGAAAUACGGCACCAGAAGGGCAACAGCGGACGUCGAAAACACCGCCUGGAGUGAAUCCACAAGCUCCCGUCGUGACCAGCGUUCGGCAUGAGUGGUAUCAGACGCACGACACCGUGGUCGUAACCUUGUACGCGAAGGGCGUUCCAAAAGAAAAGGCCGAUAUUGAUAUCCAGGAAGACUCCGUCUCUGUAGCAUUCCCUAUGGCCUCUGGAUCAGACUUCUCUUUCAAUCUUGAGCCCCUAUUUUCACUCGUCGAUUCAACCGCCUCCAAAGCAACUGUGAUGUCUACAAAAAUAGAAAUAAUUCUUCGCAAGAAACAGCCAGGUCAAAAAUGGGGCGCCCUAGAAGCUACAUCUACAUCCCAACCAGCAACAACCACCAGCAAAGGAAAUAGCGGCCCUACUAUACCACCGGCCACAAAGGUAUCACCACAACCGAGCACCACAACACCAUCUACAGACCAUACCCCCUCGUACCCCACCUCAUCCCGCAAUGGCCCAAAGGAUUGGGAUAAAGUGGCCUCCUCCUUGACGAAGAAAAGCAAGAAGGCAUCCAAGGGAAAAGAGAAAGAAGAAUCAUCCACUAGCGCCGACAAGGAUGCCAAGGAAGAGGUCGACGAUGAAGAUGAAGGUGUCGAAUCCGAUACUUCAGAGUACGGAACCGGAGAUCCGGUUGAUGCUUUUUUCAAGAAGUUGUACGCCAAGGCGGACCCUGACACGCGCCGGGCUAUGGUGAAGAGCUACUAUGAGAGCGAGGGGACGGCGCUCAGUACGAAUUGGAGUGAGGUGAGGAAAGGCAAGGUGGAGGUUAAGCCGCCCUCUGAUGAUUGA